UCACUCCCCCUCCUCCCGAGGCAGAGAUGGGACUGGAGAGAGGAGUAAAGCAGCCGCAAUCGGGGGCUUAAAACUACGCGGUUAAGAGGAGCCGCCUCUCCCCCCCCAACACACACACACACACACACACACAACCCCCCCGUGAGGACCCGCCAUGGCCAAGCAGUAUGAUGUGCUGUUCAGGCUGCUGCUGAUCGGAGACUCCGGGGUGGGAAAGACUUGUCUGCUGUGUCGAUUCACGGACAACGAAUUCCACGCUUCACACAUUUCCACGAUAGGAGUCGACUUCAAAAUGAAAACCAUAGAGGUUGACGGGAUCAAAGUACGAAUACAGAUUUGGGAUACUGCAGGGCAAGAGCGCUACCAGACUAUCACAAAACAGUACUACAGACGGGCCCAGGGUAUUUUUUUGGUGUACGACAUCACAAGUGAACGUUCCUUUCAGCACAUAAUAAAAUGGGCCAGCGAUGUAGAUGAGUAUGCACCUGAAGGCGUGCAGAAGAUUCUUGUAGGCAACAAAGCGGAUGAAGACCCAAGGAGGCAAGUGGGUACAGAACAAGGCCAAAAGCUUGCAAAUGAAUAUGGAAUGGACUUCUUUGAAACAAGUGCCUGCACCAAUUAUAACAUUAAAGAGUCAUUUACUCGACUGACAGAACUAGUGCUACAGACUCAUAAGAAGGAGCUUGAUGGACUCCGUCAUUCAACCCCCGAUGAACUUGAUAUAGCCGAUUUAGAGGAGGAUAACAGCAAACCUGAAGGGAUGGACAACUCGCAAAAAGCAUGCUGGUGCUAGGAAUUGAGGGAAAAAAAAGAUCCAUUCCAUUGACCAGUCAAGAGUCAUGCCUGAAGAAUUCAGUACCAAGGCCUGUUUUGCCUGUUACUACUUUGUGCCACCUUAAAUAUUCAUCUUGGUUAUGCCUUGCCCCCGAGUUGCACUAAUUUAUUCAAUCUGUCGGAUUCCCCUAGGUGUUGUCUUUUUGUCCCAAUGCCUUGGACAAGGUGCUGCUUGGGUCGAACUUUUCUGCUGUGCAUUUUUGUACAGUUACUGUGCAGUAAUUUAUGUACAGGUCCUUGACUGAUGGAUCAGGGGGCCAAUUUCUACCAGUUGCUGCUUCAGUAAUUGUUUGGCAUGUGGACAACUUGUUCUGGACAAUACUGGUCACUGUGGCUUUGAGAUAAAUUCUCUAUGUUGUCGAUUUGUUGUAAGCUCCUUUUAUGUCAUUGAUUUUGUCUAUAUGGUUUUGAUGCCUUUUUUAUGCCAUUGCCUGAAAUGUUGCUCCUCAGAAGUAAUUUGAUUGUUACGCUUCUCUGCAAGUGAUCAUUCUGAAACCAGCAAGCUACUGCCUGCACCAUCAUAAGAUGUUAAAGUUAUGACUUCUGCAAUGUUGUGUUGAGGGCACUGUCAGAAAGUGAUUAUAUCUGUUCAGAUGGCAUCCUUUUGAUUUUCAAAGAGCCUUGUAAAAAGUUAUCACCUUUUUAAGCUACAACAAUCUGACUUUGCUUUGCUACUUUUACAGUUUAGCUUGGCUCAGUUGGUACUCUUGUCUCCAGUGCAGGAAGAUUAUGAGUUCAAGCCCUGUGUCAGAAAUUUUAGCUGACACUAAUACAGUACUGGAGGAGCCCUGCUGCAUUGUUAGAGGUGCUGUCCUUUAGACGCAACGUUAAAUUGAGGUUCCCGCAUAUCUGUUCUGUGCAUUUUGAUCACUCUUACACCGUUCAGAAUGAGAAGGGAGUUUCUCCAGAUAAAUUGAUCAUUGAUCUCCUGGCUG